AUGACAACUACAACUACAACUACAACAAAUACAAAUACAACAAAUUUAGAUCCAUUAUUGCCAUGGGUUGAAAAAUAUAGACCAAUAUUAAUUAAAGAUAUAGUUGGUAAUGAAGAAACAGUUAGUAGAUUAGAGAGUAUAUCAAAGGAUGGUAAUUUACCAAAUAUUAUAAUUAGUGGACCACCAGGUACAGGUAAAACAUCGAGUAUAUUAUGUUUAGCAAGGGCAUUGUUGGGGGCAAAUUAUAAAGAGGCAGUAUAUGAAUUGAAUGCAUCCGAUGAUAGAACAUUGGAUGUUGUUAGAGAUAAGAUUAAAUCAUUUGCAAUGAAAAAGGUGACAUUGCCAGCUGGGAGACAUAAAAUCAUUAUAUUGGACGAGGUGGAUAGUAUGACAAGCGGAGCGCAACAAGCGUUAAGAAGAAUUAUGGAGAUAUACAGUGGUACAACCCGUUUUGCAUUCGCUUGUAACCAAUCCACCAAAAUCAUUGAACCUAUUCAAUCAAGAUGUGCUGUGCUUCGUUUCACACGUUUAUCAGACUCACAAAUUUUAACACGUCUUAGAGAAGUUGUACAAAUUGAAAAAGUACCAUAUACCGACGACGGUUUGGCUGCUAUCAUUUUCACAGCAGAGGGUGAUAUGCGUCAAGCUUUAAAUAACUUACAAGCAACUCAUUCUGGUUUUGGUUUAAUCAAUGCUGAAAAUGUUACAAAAGUAUGUGACCAACCACAUCCACUCAUCAUUAAACAAAUCAUUGCAUUAUGUGCUAAAUCCGAUUUCAAAGAAGCUUAUCCAUUUUUAAAAAAACUUUGGGAUGAUGGUUAUUCCUCAAUCGAUAUCAUCUCUGCCCUCUUUAGUAUUACAAAAUCUUCAAAUAAUAUACCGGAAUAUCAAAAAUUAGAAUUCUUAAAAGAAAUUGGUUUUUGUAAUUUACGUGCUACAACUGGUGUAAAUACUUUAGUUCAAUUAACUGGUUUACUUUCAAAACUUUGUUUAGUUUCAAUUAAAAUGAAAAAUUAA